AUUUAGUCCCUGCCACAUUUAUAAACCCGAACUCUUCCUCUUCUUCCGUUUUUUUUUUUUUCUUUCUUCGUCAUUUUCUCCCUUCCAAAAUCCUAGCGCGUUUUCUCCAUAAGUUGCAUAGCCAUUUUAGAACGCUCUAGGCUUCACUCCGGAAAGUUCAUCGUUGUGCUGCUCCAGUGCACCGUCGGAUAAUUCGUCUCGGCAUGGAAGGUUUUUCAGAGAGCUGUUGUGGCGCUCCAGGAGGAUUCUUGGAACACUUUCGGCAUCAAAAUGCAUCAGGUUCCCUCACUUCCCGUCUCAUGGUCACUGAAAGCAAGGUGAAAGCGCUGUGCAUUCCUUUGUUGGGGUCGGAAGAGUAACUUCACUGUAUGAUUUAAAAAUGGCAAUGUGAAUGAGGGUGCUGAUGAGUUUGAAGAACUGGGAAGCCCAAAAUGCAAAUGAUGAUGCUAGAAAUUUGGUUGAGCCUACUUGAAGUGUCUUAUAAUUCAUCUCUGCACCUUGAGAGUUGAGCCACCACUUUGCAGAAAGAAAGGAAGAAGAAUAAUCAUUAGGGUUUAUAAGUGGGAGCAGGGACUAAAUUGGGAAAUUAUAAUUGAUAGCGUGGCGGUGAUUGUACCACAUCAGCAGUCUGUUUGUUACUCACGCCGAAAAUAGACUGAAAAACUUGUAUGUAGCUCAGAGCUCAUUAUGGGAGAUUAAACUAGUGCAAUUGAAAACUCGCCUGCGUCACGGUCAGCAACCAUUGUUGAUGCUGUAGCGGCUGGGCAAACUGUUGUCGCGGUGCUGUUCGUCUAUAAAGUUGGAGAAGAAACUCCAUUGCACCACCAGAUCCUUCAAUACAGAUGGAUGAGCUCAUGACAAUUGAAUUUCAUCAUGGGAGAUCCUUAGAGACCAAGAAAGAUGGGAAUGUAGUUGAUGCUGGAGGGAUUGUAGUUUAUCCACAGCUUGCUGUUAACAGAGAUCCUCUCAGGGCGAAUGUGAGUUAUGUUUGAAAAUUUGGAGACUCGUUUGAGUUAAUUGAAAUUCUGGCGGUCAUUUUGAGAUAUAACUUCUGAAAUUUGGGAAUGUAUUACGGGUUCUGUUCUGGGGGGGUGUGGUUUUUCCGGUCCAUUCCAAUGACCGGAAAAAACAAAAAAAAGCAAAACAAAUAAAGCUGAAGCAAGAAGGAAACAAGGAAAGGAAAGCAAGUGAACAUGGAUUGUUGUUUCAAAGCUUCAAAUUAAAGGCAAACUACAAGCUCAAAACCUAUACUUUACAUGGCGCCAUUCAGCCCCAGCCCUGCCCUACCUCCGGUGAGUGAACACAAGCCCCUUGCUGCAUGCAACUGUGCCGACUCCAGAUCUGAAUGCAGUGCCGGUGAGAGCACCAUUGAUGGCUCUGACAGUGUUCUGGAGUUGUGUCUUCAACCUGCAGUCGAAGAUUAUGAUCUGCAGUUUCCCAGUCUGUGUUUUUCUGUUUGUUUUGGAAUUUCAUCUACUCUUGCCAUGUUAUUAUACCUUGUCCUGCUUCAGCAAUUGAUUCUCGAGCAAUUGCCCUAUUUUUCACACUUCUUUUGUUUCCAAAUGCUCAGAGCUGAAGAUAAGUAGACGGAUCUUCUUUCUUGAAUGUGCCUUUUAAAUUCGAAAUGUAAGAAACAUACAUUGCAUUUAGUCCACACAUUGCUCGAUGCUCAUUGUAUCUCCGUUUUGGACGGGUGGUAGCAAUUGCGGGGACUUUUGACUUUGCUCGUAAAACCCCUAACGAGAAAGAGCCGGUAAUUGCUCUCCUUGCGGUGGUUUUCUAUUCAGCGUUACACUAGCAGUGAGUCAACUAAGGGAGAACUGUUAGUUGUCAAGCGAACCAGUCGGGAGACAUCACUAGCAAGUUCUAGUUCAGAUAGCCAAAAAGAUGGUAUUUCCGACUAUGCUAUAUUUAGGGAAGACAUUGCACACUUGAAUUGUUUGAAAAUUGUUAUACAUACUAUAAACAUUAGCUCCAUUAGUCCGCUGUGCACAAGAUCAUUAUGCAAAAAUCCUGUCAACCUCAGCCAGUAGACCCUAGAGAUAUCAUAGAUUUAACGGGUGAUGAGCAGGAUCGAGUUUGCGAUACUUGUGGGGAUGUAGGGUUGGAGCACUUCCUUGCAUUUUGUAAUGAGUGUAAUGAUGGGGCGGAGCACAUUUACUGUAUGCGUGUUAAGAUGGAAGAACUUCCUGAAGAUGGUUGGACUUGUGAAGAGUGCAUGCCAAGGGAAGGGACUGGAAAAUUAGUACAGGAUAAAGUGGAACAGCCAGUGGCUACAAACAGAUCAAAACAUCUAUCUGAAAAUUCAAUAGACCCUGAGUCUUGUAAAAGUUCAAAACUAAAAUCGAGAUCAUCAUAUUCUAUGAAAAGUGGGAUAAGUACACCCCAUCUGCAGGUUAAGAGAUGCCAAGUCCCUUCAGAAGCUCAGUCUUUGGAAAAAGCUAGUGCUACUAUGACAAAUGCUGGACCACAUAUUUUAUCCGGACCUUGUGAUGACUCUCCACUUCAUAAGGAUUUCUCAUACAAGAAAUUUGGGAAAGUGAAAAUGAAAUCAGUCAACAAAAUCAUGCACUUUGCCUCCCAAUAUUGCAAUUCUCAAGAGAAAGCAAUGGUUCCUCGUGGUUAUGGUGAGAAGAGUAAUGUUGUUACCUUGGAGGAUGAGUUAGGCAUAGAGGGAAGGGCUCUUGAAACAAGGGAGCGAUCUUCUAAAGUCUCAAGUCCAAGGGAUCAGUCCCUAUUGAGUAGACAUUAUAUGUGCAAAAAUUUGAAGAGAAACCUAGAAGGUGUCAUCAUUGAUACAUCUUGCAAGAAAUCUUUCUGUGAUACUAAGGAAAUGGCAGCAUCAUCCAAUUGUGCAAUUGAUGAAUCACCAAACUUGCAUUCACAAACUGAGACAACUCGUGAUGAAUGCUCUCUAUUGGAAUCAAGAUCUCCAAACUUAGAAUCAGGACCAGCAACAAAGGAUGUUUGUUUGCAAAACAAAUACCUGGCUCUUCAUGACGAUAGAAAUGAUACUUGUUCUGGUGUUCUAGCUAAUGAUCGUGAGUUACAUAAUCCUGCAAUACAAGCUUCUAGUUCUGGUGUUACUGCAAAUAGAAGUGAAAUAGAAUUUGCUACUGACGAAAACUUAUUUUCUGGAACCGUUUCUUACAAUCUUGAUCAUCAAGGUUCUGAACAAUUUAAUGCUGGAUUACAACCCAGCAAUCACAACACUCAUGAAGAUCUAGACAUUCCAAAUGAGAAGAACAACGAAGAACCAGACACUCCAAAUGAAAAGAACAAUGAAGAACCAGACACUCCAAAUGAAAAGAACAAUGACAUUCAGCAAGCUGAGCACCUUAUUAAUGCUGCUACAGCUCAGAUCAUUCAUGAAUUAUGUGCUGGUCUUGCUUUAGAUGAAAGGUCCUGCUUAAGAGACUUGGGGGUUAGAAGUUCGUCACAAGCAUUUGUCUACCCAAAGCCUGACCAUUCAUGGCAAGGGAAAUUUUUAAUACAAGGUAUUGGGGAGAUUGCAACCAUUUGUGAUGGUAUUCAAGCACAUUUAUCAACCUGUGCAUCACCUAAGGUUAUUGAUGUGGUAGACAGGCUUCCAAAGAUGAUCAUACUGGAUGAACUGCCUCGCUUGACAAUGUGGCCAUCUCAAUUUACAGAAGGUCAACCCACAGAAGAGAAUAUUGCUCUGUACUUUUUUGCAGAAGAUCCUCGUAGUUAUCGAACAUGUUAUAAACAAUUGGUGGAUUUGAUGAUCAAGAAUGAUUUGACUCUGAAAGGAAACUUGGAUGGAGUGGAACUUCUAAUAUUUCCAUCCAACAUUCUACCUGAGAAAUCCCAGCGUAAGAAAUGGUCUUCUACUCGUUUGUUUUGAACACUUUAACAUUAUAUUUACCUUAGUGUGCCUAAAAUCA